UUAUUCAGAAAUGUAAAAAUAUAUGAGAUGGCAAUGUUGGCACCAGUUUGUUUGCUACAAAAAGGGUUGAGCCAGGCUAAGAACAUAUUUAUCCUAUGAAGAGACUCACUCCUGGUAUAUAUCCACACAGUAAAGAGUGGCCCAAAGGAUUUUAAGCCAUUUGAAAUACCAGUUAUUUAUUUAUUAUUUUAUUUAAAAUAAACAUAACUGUAGUUAUUUUACAAAUUGCAGAAUAAAAAGCUGACUGAUUAAGAAGACCACUUUAGCCUUGUACAUUUUGCAGCUUUCUUGUACUUAAAGUGAUGGUCAAGUAUGACUAACUACAUCUUGCGAUCCUAAUUGAACUAAUAAAAUAAUGUGACUUUCAUUCAUCAUUUCGCCAUAUUCAUUAUAUUUUCAGCGAUAUUGAAUAUAAUUAUCCUACCUUACUAAUAUCCAUCCUCCUCCCGUCGAUCGUCCGCCAUUGUUUUUAGAGCGGUCACGUGUUUUUAUUCGCCAAUGACAGUACAGGCCACUCGGCGACUCAGCCCUAAAGCAAUAUGCCCUUAAUCAAUUCUGCGCAUGCCCUAGCUCCGGAAUCGCAUCCUAACUAUGCCCUUAAUCAAUUCUGCGCAUGCCCUAGCUCCGGAAUUGCAUCCUAACUAGUCUCCUAACGCAUGCGUGUAGAGCGUAAUGAAGGCUGUAAUGACAGGGCAGUGACGUGGGGAGGGGCGGUUAGAUCUGUCACCGGGAGGAAGCAAAUUCAAGGAAGUGAAUCAUGGGGAGAAGCAAUGAUCGUAACGAGUAAGAAACUAAAAUAAGAAUAUAUAUAUUUAGAAAUAACGUUAGCUACAGUUAAUAUGUGCGAUUUAGAUGAACAAUACAUGUGGAUUCUAAUUUUAAUGAUCAAUAGUGUAAAAUUGACCAUCACUUUAAUGCUCAUAUAAAUGACAAUCAGCAUAAACCAGGUGUGUGAAUGAACAUUAACAAGAAAGCUGCAAAAUGUUUCGUUUUCAGAAUGAUUGUCUAUAGGUUGUUUGUUACAUUAAAGUUGAUUUAAAAAAAAAAAAAAAGCAAAGAAAAAAAAAGAAGCUUUGAGUGGAGGUCACAUGUUUCCUGUCUAGAGUGGAGCUCCAGUCUGCAGCUAGACCCUUCUUGUUGCUAGAGCUGCUGGGGCUGUGCUUAUCAAUUCAUUAGCUGUGAGCCAAUCACAUUCUGUUUGGGAGGAACAUUGGAACAAGGUAGAAGACAGUCCAGGAGAGAACCGGUGAAGAAAUAUCAAGAAAAUUCCUUUUGAGGCCAGCGGAAGAAACAACUGCAUCAGCAAUAAUAAAAAAAGAGCAUUCAUUGUAUGUGCUUUGUCACUGUGACUGUUCACUACACAUAAAACUGAACAGACAGCUGAAGCUUGCUAGAGUCAGUAGAAGCUGUGCAACAGAUUAUGGACAGCACACAUGCGCCGGAUACCAACUGUGAAAUGAAGCAAACUAGAGUUUUGUCAGAAAAGGACUGGAUAGAGAAAUGGGAGAAAAGAAACAUUGCAUUUCACGAAAGCAAUAUUCACUCAUUAUUUUCAGAAUUCCUGGAAGUGAUGCUUAACAACAGAACUAAAAUUAACAUAUUUUUCCCGCUUUGUGGAAAAGCAGUAGAUAUGAAAUGGGUAGCCGAUAUGGGGCACAACAUUAUUGGGGUAGAUGUAUGUGAAAUAGCAUUGAAGGAAUUUUUUGAAGAACAAAAGAUUGCUUAUGUUGAAGAAGCUGUGCCUGGAAUUCCUAAUGCUAAAGUGUUCAAGAGCACAUCUGGGAACAUCUCACUGUACUGCUGCAGCAUCUAUGAUAUUUCUGAAAAAAUUGUUGGCAAAUUUGAUGGAAUCUGGGACAGAGGAGGUUUUGUAGCUGUGAAUCCAUGUGACCGAGAACGUUACUCUAAAGUAAUGUUGUCAAUAAUGAAUGAAGAUUGUCGUUAUCUGCUGGUUACAGUUGAAUAUGAUAUCAAAUUGGUUAAAGGGCCACCAUUUUAUGUAUCAGAUGCUGAUUUAGAGAUGCUCCUGGGCUCCUUGUGCAACAGGAAGUGCUUGAAGGUUGUGGACUCCCUUACUGAUAUACAAAAAGGAUGGGGCCUUGAUUUCUUCCAGGAGAAAAUUCACCUAGUAACACCUAAAUCCAACUCAUGAUUGUAUAAAAAGUUCUAUGGGUGCAGCAAAGAAUCAGUGAUGUAUUUGAACUCAUUUACCAAGUGUUCUACCUACUUAGUGCCAGAUUACAAGUGGAGCGUUAUUUAAAGCUCAUGUUCAAACAUUUAUUCUGCUAGAAGUAAGCUUUUUGUGCGCAUCGGGUAGCGCUCGUAUUACAAGUUGAAAGUAAAUUGUUUUCGCUUGCAUGUUAACCCAACGAGCAUGAAAAGACGAACUUAGAAUAUCAUGCACAAUAACGUAUUCCCCCAUAGAAGUCAAUAGAGAAAAAAAAAGUGGGAAAAAGCAGCCUACUCGCACACAAACCAGAUCACAUAUUCUCAAGUGCGCUAACCCAACAUGAAAAUAUGAAUAUUACAUUUACUUUUUAAUUUUCUUUAAGUAGAAGAAUAUGUUCUAUUUAUUUAUAAAUACAUAUUUCUACAUAUAUCUGGUUUUUUUUACAAAAAUAUAUAUUUAUACCUAUGUGUAUGUGUGUGUGUGUGUGUGUGUGUGUGUGUGUGUGUGUAUAUAUAUAUAUAUAUAUAUAUAUAUAUAUAUAUAUAUAUAUAUACAUACAUACAUACAUACAUACAUACAUACAUACAUACAUACAUACAUACAGGUGGCCCUCGGUUUACAACGGUUCAAUUUGCACCGUUUCAGAAUAACAACCUUUUUUUUCAGUCAUGUGACUGCUAUUGAAAAGCAUUGAGAAGCAGUGCAUGGAUUAAAAUAGCCAGUAGGUGGAGCUGUCCGCUUGUGUUGCAGCAAAGAUAUGCAAGCCAAGCAAGCUGAAAUUAAUCAGUUUAACCAGACCUGAGCUAUCAAGCAGCUUGCAAAGGAACAAGAUCUUCCUGUCUAUAAAUCAGUCCAGAUUGGAAUGCAUAUAAAGAAAAAUGCAAGUAAA